AUGAACAGUUCAUGCGCCUGUUGCUUUCCUCUUAAUUCGACGUAUUCAAGCGAAUGCUGGAUUCUAUUAUUGUCUAAUACUUUUUCUGUUCUUUACUACCUGCUUUCGCAUAUGAAGUUGCUCAUAUUUGGAGCCACUGGGAAAGUGGGAGCGUGGACAGCUCGAAAGGCCAUUGAGCACGGCCACGAUGUGACGCUACAUGUUAGAGAUCAACACCGUGUCCCCGAAGAUAUUAGAAACUCUCACAAAGUGAAGAUCAUUGAAGGCAGUCUGUCCAAUGAAGAGACCCUUUCCGAAGCAAUCGAAGACCAAGAUGCGAUUUUGUCAUCGCUUGGUCCGAAUGGGCCAUUUUGUCCUAAGAAUGAACUAGCAAACGGCUACCGCCUAAUUCUCAAAUUGAUGAGGAGGCACAAUGUGCGCCGUAUUCUUGCCAUGGGCACAAUCAGCUGCUACGAUGAGCGCGAUUCCUUUGCAUUGUCUCGGCUCCUUGCGUAUAGCGUGAUUUUCGUGGUGGCACGAAGAGCACAGCUGGAAAUCUUUGGGAUCGAAAAAGUCUUCAAGGAGGAAGGUCAGGGGUUGGACUGGACAUUGUACAGAGUGCCAGUGCUGGGGAGUUCUUCGGAAGAUGGCGGGAUGGCAGAGGCGGGCUGGGUGGGAGAUGGAAAAUGGAAUGUCUUUCUCCAGAGAAGAGAUUGGGCGAACUGGAUGGUACAGGAAGCCGAAAGAGAUCAGCCCAUGUGGGUGGGCGAGAUGCCGGCCCUGUACACACCCCGAAGGUGACUUCUAUGUAUUAGUUUAUCACAAACGCCCCAGAUUUAGCUAGAGGAAUGCACGUCCACCCGAG